AUGGCCUCUACUUCUAGGGUUCUUCUUCUUGUGCUUCUUGGUGCCCUUGUUUGCACCAUUGGUGCAACAAGGAAGCUUGGAAAUGACAAGAAUUCGUUUGGUGAUGAGAAGAACUUCGUCUUCCAUCGUCCAGGGUUUGGUGGUGGUCUUGGAGGAGGAGGUGGAGGUGGUUUUGGAGGCGGUGGAGGAGGAGGCUUAGGCGGCGGCGCAGGAGGCGGCUUUGGAGGGGGUGCAGGUGCUGGUGGUGGAGCUGGAGGAGGCCUUGGUGGCGGCGGUGGUGGAGGGUUCGGUGGUGGUGGUGGAGGAGGCAUUGGAGGCGGUUCAGGGUUCGGAGGAGGAGCCGGGUUCGGUGCAGGUGGUGGAGUUGGUGGUGGAGCUGGAGCUGGUGGUGGUGGAGGAUUUGGAGGAGGUGGCGGAGGUGGCCUCGGUGGCGGAGCCGGAGCUGGUGGAGGGUUUGGUGGUGGAGCUGGUGCUGGUGGUGGAUUUCCAUGA